AUGGCCACUCCCAAGUUCAACACAAAGUCGCCGACCAUCAAGCGCAUAUUAAAAGAAGCAGCCGAGCUCACCAACUCCCCAUCCCCCGAAUACACCGCCUCGCCGCUCGAAUCCGACCUCUUCGAAUGGCACUUCACCCUGCGCGGGCCCCCAAAGUCCGCCUUUGCCGAGGGCAUGUACCACGGACGCAUCGUGCUGCCGCCCACCUAUCCCCUGAGUCCGCCGUCAUUCCGCUUCACGACGCCUAGCGGCCGCUUCGAGCCGAACCGCGAGAUUUGCCUCAGCAUCUCGGGCCACCACGAGGAGACGUGGCAGCCGGCGUGGGGGGUGCGCACCGCUAUCGUCGCGCUGCGCACCUUCAUGGAGACGGGCGCGAGCGGCCAGAUCGGUGGCCUCGACACCAGCGAUGCCGUGCGCACCAAGCUGGCGGCCUCCAGCAGGGCGUGGAUGUGCGCUACUUGCGCCAAGAGCAAUGAGGACAUCAUUGCCGAGUGCGAGGAGCGGUGCAAGGAGCUCGAAGCUGAGAAUGGCGGCUCUUCUGGGCCCCGCGCGGAGGUUGAGGUACCUGUAGAGCUAAAGAUGGGCUUCCGGGAUGAGAUAGAGAACGCCAAAGCAAACGCUGCGGGCGGCGAUGAGGGCGCCAAGGAGGAUGCCGAGAGCGCACAGCUCGCGGAGGGCUUUGUGCAGACUGUGCCUGAGAGGCUGGAGAAUGCGUCUGUUCCCUUGCCGCCGAUCGGAGCUGUACGGGGCGGCGGCGUGCCAGCAGCUUUCCCGCCUGCUAGACCAGCACAGGGAGUGCCGGCGCCGACGGGGAGGGUGCCGUUACCGAAUUCAGCCGGACAGGUCACACCGCAAACGACGAUACGGGUGGAUCCAAAUGCUGGGGUGCCUCCGUGGGUCGACUACGCAAUCGUAUCGCUGGUGGUGGUGUUGUUCGCUAUGCUGUUCAAGAUUAUGUCGGGCUACUGA